AUGGCAAGAGGUAAUCGAACCACUGUGACAGAAUUUGUCCUCAUGGGAUUCACAGAUCGCCCUGAGCUUCAGCUCCCCCUCUUUGUAGUAUUCCUGGUGAUUUAUCUAAUCACCCUGGUGGGAAACUUUGGCAUGAUCCUGCUCAUCAAGGCAGACUCACGGCUUCACACACCCAUGUACUAUUUCCUCAGUCACCUGGCUUUCAUCGAUCUCUGUUAUUCAUCUUCCAUUGGGCCCAAAAUGCUGCAAAAUUUAUUGGUGAAGAAAAAAACCAUCUCCUUUUCAGGCUGUUUUGCUCAGCUGUACUUUUCCAGUGCUUUUUCCACUACUGAAUGCUUCCUCUUGGCUACCAUGGCCUAUGACCGCUACAUGGCCAUCUGCAACCCCCUGAUCUACACAGCCAUCAUGACACAACGGGUCUGUAAGGAGUUGGUGGUAGGUGUCUACACCUAUGGCUUCCUGAACUCUGUGAUACAGACAGUACUGACUUUCCAGCUGUCUUUCUGCAACUCCAAUGUGAUCCACCACUUCUAUUGUGCCGACCCCCCUCUCCUCGCACUCUCCUGCUCUGAUACCCACAACAAAGAGAGGCAGCUCCUGAUCUUCUCAGCAGUGAAUCUCACUGGAUCCCUCAUGACCAUCCUCAUCUCCUACAUCUGCAUCCUGGUCUCUAUUAUAAAAAUUCAGUCUUCCCAGGGCAAAUGUAAAGCACUCUCCACCUGUGCCUCUCACCUCACUGUGGUCACCAUCUUCUAUGGAACAUUAUUUUUUAUGUACCUGCAGCAACCAAAAACAGGGAAUUCAUGGAGGUAUAGCAACGUGAUCUCUGUGUUUUAUAGUCUUGUAAUUCCCAUGCUUAACCCUCUCAUCUAUAGCCUGAGAAACACAGAGGUAAAGGAUACCCUGAAAAAAAUGUUAGAGGGCAAAGCUUCACAGUGA